AUGGAGCAAAUAGUCGUGUUCUUCCUUGUAUGCACAAGUGUUACGGCGUUUUUGUUUCCCACGGGCGGCGGUGGCGGUGGCGGUGGCGGCGGAUGUGUUCAACCAUGCCCUCCAUGUCCUCCACCAGCAGCAGUAGCGCCGGCACCAAUAUGCUCACCAGCGCCAGCUUGUGGACGUAAGAAGAGGGAAGCUACCAAUAUCGUCUCCAACGAAGACAACAGCAAAUGUAACAAUGAAGACCUACGACUUGUACUGAUUAAGAGUAUCAAGAGCGACGUCACCACUAGUUUGAAGGCCAUCAGCGAAAACCUCAAGGAACAUCAAGAUUAUACAGUGCUCUGUGAUGAUAAGAAAUUACAAUACGUUGUUGAAGCUGACGAUUACUGUCAACUGCAUGUCACCGAUGUGCAUUGUGCAAUUUUCCGUACCAGCGUAAAAAAUACGAGAGACGCACACGAGGGGAACGAUGAUGCAAAUGUUGCGAAAAAAACGGAAUUCGCUGCUAACGAAGACAGAAAGAAGGAAGAACACAAAGGUGGAAGCGAUGUUGAAUGCGAACGUAAGAAACGUGAAGCAUCGAUGGUUGUCAUUAAAGAGGAUAUCGAAAGGUGCAAUAGCGAUGAGUUACGACAGCUUUUGCUCAAGAAAACGACGGAGAACCUCAAAGCGAAAGAUACUGAGAGCGAAUCGGUGGAGGAGGAAGAUACCACAGAGGUGAUAGUUAGGAAAGCUGAUUGA